UUGUAAUAACUGGACUACAGUAAAAGGAGCAAUUUUUUUUAUGUGGAACCCUUCCAUUAGCCACGCAUUUUAUUUUAAUUAUUUUUGUGUUUCAUGUCAAGAAAAAAAAAAAGAAUAAUUGAGAUUGGGAUCGGAUCCAUUUGAUUUGUAUUGUUUUGCACAGUAGUUAUCUUUUUAUAUUAUUGAAACAGCGGCAUAAUGUAUAAGUUACGUUUGCGGUUUAUACGGAGGUGUCGGGUAUUGUAAUAAUAGCCGUGUGAUUUUAGUAACUCAGUAUUAAGCUCAGUAAAAUUUUGCACGGGAAACAACAAAUGAUUAACAUAAAAUGUUUACUCAGUAAAAUACUGAGUACCAAUAAAAUAUGACACAGUAUAGAUAGACAAAUAUUGAAAACCAGCAAAAGAAAUGAGCAUCUUUAAACGAAAGAAAAUAAUAAAAAAAAUAAAUAAAAUAAAAUAAUAAUUGCAAAAGACAAGCACCUGUCCCGAACGAACAAGACCUUUUAUCAUAUCAAAAAUUAAGAUAUGCAGCGUUGGAAUCUGUUGAAAAUGCGAACUUUAAUUUAAAAAAAAAAAAAUAACUUGCAGUAAAAAAAAUUGGAAAAUGUCUUCGAACACAAACAAAACGAUUUCAAACGUACAAUAUAGAGAUAGCGUUGUUCUCCACGGGUACUUAAAAAAAUUAAAAACUAUGAAAAAAAAGUACUUCGUGCUUUACGAAGACUGCGGAAAAUCUCCAGCGCGUUUGGAAUACUUUGAAAACGAAAAGAAGUUCAAAUCAAAAGCGAACCCAAAAAGAUCAAUUACACUUAUCAGCUGUAUCAAUAUAAAUCGGUGUUUCGACACGAAACAUGAGUAUGUUAUUUCAUUAUCUACGAAAGACGACGGUUUUGGCAUUGUUAUGGAUUCCGAAGAUGAUAUGAACAAUUGGUUAAGAACAAUGCUUAAACUUCAGACUGGGCCAAACAUUUUCUCUGAUUCACCAAAACCUUAUUAUGAACAUGUAUGGCAAGUUGUGGUUCAAAGAAAAGGAUUGGCUGAGAAAAAAGGCAUUUUGGGGAGUUAUCAUGUGUGCUUGUCAUCAAAAUCUGUUACACUUAUUCGAAUUGGAUCAGAACGUACAAAUGUUGGUGAACAACGAGUCCCAGUAAUUGAAUUUUUUUUGACAUCAAUAAGAAGAUGUGGUGAUUCGAAGUGCUAUUUUUACAUGGAAGUUGGAAGACAUAGCAUAAUUGGGGCUGGUGAGCUUUGGAUGGAAACAAAAGAUAAUCAAAUCGCUCAAAAUAUGCAUACAAUGAUACUUAAUGUUAUGUCAACAAAUGCAGAUGAUCCUUACGGCCCUAUGCGUAAAAGAUCAUCAUCGGCAACAGAAACAUCAAAACCAGUGACAAUUCUUCAACGUAGGCAAACUCACUCCGGUGGAAAAACAAUAACCUCGUCCCCUAUAAAUACCCUUAAUAGAGAUAGAUGCGACAGUCUGCCUUCAUCAAGAAACCGAAACAACUCAGAGAGUGGAUAUAACAAAUGCGAUAGUUCAUCGAUGCCUCCAUCAAGAACAAUGUCAUCGUUAAGUACCGUGCCUAGUUUAACAUUCAACAGACGUAGCCAUAGUCCUUCAAUAAACAACAAUGCUUUAAGCCCAUCUGUUGGCUGCUUAGAAAGUGAUGGAUCCACGUUGAGCAUCGAUGAAACUGACAGUUUAAAACAAUGCCAUCCUACGGACGAUAAUGCGAGUUUUGCAGCACGUUUCUAUAGUUCCCACUCUCCCGGAGGGGUUAUUCUCGAAGAAAAUUGUGAUGAAUUUUCAUGUGCAGAAAACAAAAACCAAAACAUUGUACCAUCAUCGAUAUUGAAUAAAUCAAAUAUUUAUGGUGGAAUCGAUUUACACGGAGGCUUGAAUUCUACAAGGAAUCGUUCAAUCGAUAUUAAGAGUCAGUAUUUAGAUUUAGGUAAUUCCAUCAGCGAGUAUAUGGAAAUGGAUAACUCAUCUAAAAGUCAUUAUAUAAACAAGGACAACGCUACAAAUAGUGAAACAGUGUGUUGUGAUACUAAUUUAGCUAGUGCUAAAUGCAAUAGCAUUUCAUAUGAAAAUAGUCGGACGCCAAGUUUCACAGAAGAAGCUGUAGAUGGUUAUGUUCAUAUGUCUCCUCAAACUUCAGAUUAUAUCGAUAUGGAACAGUCGAUGAAAAACAUACGUUCAUUUUCCAAUACUAACCCAGGGACAUCUUAUGCUUCAGGUAUACCCCUAAAGGGCAUAAGUUUCGCUGAAUAUUCAUUGGAAAAAAUCAACCCAAAGAUAUUUCCAGAUGAAGAUGAAAUGCUACCUCUUAAGGAACGACCUCCACGUGCCUAUUCUGUUGGAAGUCGCAUGGAACAUCACAAUCAAAAACUUCGCAUUGAAGUUAUUGGAAACUCUGAACAAAAUCAUUGCAGAGUUCGAGCAUUUUCAGUUGGCUCCAGAUCAAAAGUACCUCGAUGUGAUCUUCAACGUAAUAUAUUGAUGGCGAAUGUGAGUAACGCAAAGAAAAUAAAUUUUGGAACAAGCAAAACAUCAAUUUCUAGCCAAGAACCUUCAUCAGAAAGCACAGGAAGAGACAGAAAAUCUUCAAGUGCACCUCUUUUAAUACAUAAAAGUCAAAACUCAGUCGAUCGGAUGGACGAUCUAAUGGAAAUUGAUUUUUCAAAAAAUGUAGGUAUUGGUUCGAAUUCGCAUUCAUUGCAGUCAACAGGUGCCUCUUCCUUUAAUAUUAUAAAUUCUUCAAAAAAUGGCCAUUUCCGUGGUGGAGUUUUAGAAAGCUCUCCUGGUCAGAUAACUUCCACCAAUAAACCAAAUAACAAACGUUCGGAUCCAAUACAAAUUCGAAGAGAUAAUGGCUAUCUAGAAAUGCGACCUGUUAUUUAUUCUCAGUUCUCUGAUAGUUAUGAUGAAUCCACAGAAUGCAAUGUUUCAGUAAAAAAGCAAAGUGUAUCACCGGAAGUAUCUGGAAGUCUGGCACACCGAAUGAAACUGGAGGAUUCAAGGAAAAUUGAAACCCCAGAAGGGUAUUUAGAAAUGUCAUGGAGUGGCAAAAAAGAUAAUAGUUCGAGUUUUAAAUCUUGGACCCCAACGUCUUCUAUCUAUGAUAAAAAAGCUAAAAGCAUUUCAAAAAUGCAAUCUUUAUUGAACAAUUGUGUUGUUAGCACUACGAGCAAUACUUCAAAAUUUUCAGUUUUGCAGGAACCAAACAAAAUAGUACAGUACAGUCAAAAAUCUGCAUCAAUUAAACCAGAAACGGCGCAUCGCAAACGACUGCCAGAUCUUAUAAAUAAUUCAUUCACUAUUUCGGAAGAAAAAACUAUCAACACUAAUUUAUCUGAAAAAUUCAAACAAAUUUUCAUUCAAUUUUCCUUGCAACAUGAUAAAGAUUUUUCAAAUUAUAGUAUCGACUUAUCGACAGCCGAUUACGAAUGUUAUAACUACUUACAUUUUACUGUAGGUAUUGAACGAAGAAAUGCAGAAAAAACUGUUCCAGGAAUAGACAACUCAAAAGACGAUUACUGUAACCUCAAGGCAGGUCCUAAUCAUAGUUUACAAAAAUUAAGUUCCUUACAUACAAAAGCAGAAGUCGACGACAAUAAAUGCGGUCUAAAUAAAAUUGAUUCUAUUAACUCAAUGUCUUCGAAAACAGAAAUUGAUAAAGAUAUUAAUCGAGAUUCAAAACGUACUCCAAUUUCUUCAUAUUCACAACCGCUGCGGAAUCAUCGUUCAAAUAAUUCAAAUCUAGAGUCAGGAUAUGAACUAUUGCAUAUUUGUAGUGACAGUUCGUUGCAAACUAAAACAAAUAUAUCGAGGCCAAGCUCAGUGAAUAGUGACCGAAUUUUUCCUAUUGAUAGGAUGCAAUACCGCCCUAAUCCUGCGAACAACGAUUUCUUGAAAUCUAACUCAGUAUCAUCCUCACCAGCAGGUCUGUGUUUUUCAUCAUAUCUAUCGCAAAACAGUUGCGAUAACAGGUGUCAAGAACCACUCAGGUCUGAAACUUUAAAUAACAACGGUGAAGACAAAAAAAUGAAUACAGACUCUGCGUCAUCAAAAGGACUAAAACAACAUGAUCUUACGUCCGGACAAAGGUCCCCCUCAUCGAAAAGUGUUGCCGUGUCUCAGGCUCCGACGAACUCUGAACUUGAACUGCAUUAUGCAAGUCUCGAUUUACCAAUCAGUUCCAUACACAAUUCCAUUAAAACAAUUGGGGCCCUACAUAAUCCAGCGAAAACUUCGACCGCAGAAGACAACCAAACACGCCUUAGUCCAAACCCGAAUCUAAAUACCAACAAUUCUUCCCAACAAUCCGCUUUCACCUACGCGAAGAUUGAUUUUAAUCAGUGUGAAAUUAAAAAAAUAAGAUCUGUUACACAACACAAUCUGUAAAUGGUUACAUACCAGUCUGUAAGGAUACAAAUUAGGAAAAAAAAAACUAAAAACAACUUCCACAAUAUUUUUUUAACUUAAAUAAUUGUAAUUAAUUAACUUGUUACCCUAUACUUGGUGCAACAUUUAUAAUUUUGUGUCCAUACUCAGUGCAAUAUCGUCUUUUUCUUUUUAAUAUCCAAUAUAAUAUUAAGGACUAAACAAAAAAAAUCUUUUAUAAGAUUCGAAAAUUUGUGUUCUUGUUCUUAUUGAAAUUUUAAUUAGUACACAUGAAAUAAAAUCAUUAUGUAGAA